GUAAAUGCUCGGUCCUCCGCCGUCUAGCGCAGCGGUUUGCAGGCGCGGAGGCGCGGCGCGGCCCGGGCGCAGAUUCGGACGCCGGGUGUCGGGUGGCUCCGGCGUCCGUGACCCCCGGGGUGCGGGGCGCUGGGGGCGCAGGGGACUCCCGUGCACGCCCCUGUGAAGACCGUCUAGAUGGUGUGCGCGGGCGUUUCCUGGGCCGCGUGGACCGCCCAGCGCUGGGACUCUUUGGGAGAAGAUGGUCUGGAAACUUCCAGCUGAACUCUCAUCUCUCAACACUGGCAAAUAUUCAUAAGAUCUACCACACUCUUAAUAAGCUAAAUCUAACAGAAGACGUUGGCCAAGACGAUCACCCAACAGGAAGCCUGCGGUCUUGCAGCUCUUCAGACUGCUUUAGUAAAGUGAUGCCGCCGAGGAAAAAGAGGAGACCUGCCUCCGGAGAUGACUUAUCCGCCAAGAAAAGUAGACACGAUGGCAUGUAUAGGAAAUAUGAUUCAACCAGAAUAAAGACGGAAGAAGAAGCCUUUUCAAGUAAGAGAUGCUUAGAGUGGUUCUACGAAUAUGCAGGUACUGAUGAUGUUGUAGGUCCUGAAGGAAUGGAGAAAUUUUGUGAAGACAUUGGUGUUGAACCAGAAAAUGUAGUUAUGCUUGUCCUAGCUUGGAAACUGGAUGCACAAAACAUGGGUUAUUUUACUCUACAGGAAUGGUUAAAAGGAAUGACUUCUCUACAAUGUGAUACAACAGAAAAACUCAGAAAUACUUUGGAUUACUUAAGAUCAUUAUUAAAUGAUUCUACAAACUUUAAACUUAUUUACAGAUACGCGUUUGACUUUGCACGGGAAAAGGACCAGCGCAGCCUAGACAUAAACACUGCCAAGUGCAUGUUGGGACUGUUAUUAGGAAAAAUCUGGCCCCUUUUUCCAGUUUUUCACCAAUUCUUAGAGCAAUCAAAAUAUAAAGUUAUUAACAAAGACCAGUGGUGCAAUGUGCUAGAGUUUAGCAGGACAAUUAACCUUGACCUCAGCAACUACGACGAAGAUGGAGCGUGGCCAGUUUUGUUGGACGAGUUUGUGGAGUGGUAUAAAGACAAACAGAUGUCCUAGGACUUUAUGCAUAGCAGCGAGAGAGUCACUGUUACCACAGAUAUGUCAACCAUUAGCCAUAAAUUGCUGUUUGUAUCAAAGCGCAUGCUGCUUUUCUUGCACUGUCUCCCUUUUGCAGGGACGUUUUGGUGUUUGCUAUUGAAUGGGCCAGCUCUGCUUGCUGUGUAGCAUUGUUCUCUUGGAAGGCUGCUUUGCAGUUUGUAUUUACACUACAGAUUGGUGAAUUUGCCAACGUCCUCACUGUGAUGAUGUGUAUAUUGCUGUUUAAAUUUUGUAUAUGUGUAUAAAAAGAAAAAGCUUCACCUAGAGAUUAUUUCUGCAAAACUGUAUUGUAAAAAUAAUUUUUGUGGCAUAUUUCUAGUCCCUUUUUUCAAAUGAACCGAUUAUACUUUAUUUGGUCUCAAAUGUAGCAUUUCAGAACACACGAGAGAACAGCUGUUACCAUAAGCAAAUGUUGCCAGAAUUAACCUCAUUGUUAAACAGGCCAACUUUUGGAAGGAGGUGGGAAUCAGAACUUUUCCAGAGGCAUAUGCCAAAUAUAAUUUGGUUUCCUUAAAUAUGAGCGUUUUUUUAAAUGAUGAAAGUUACAAUUAUUUGAGCAUAUAGACGUGUCCCACAUGCCACAAAUGAUUUUCACCACGCAAGGUGUAGGUUUCUAUUCUCUGAUGUUAAAGCCGUAGUAGUUUGAAUAUAGGUACAAAUGAACAAAUUAAAAUUGCACCUUUUUUUUAAAUGAGUUUGAAACUCUCGUAAACUUCCUUUACGGUCUUCUUUUUCCUUUUGCAUUCUCCUAGUCAGUGUUGGGUCUGCCGAUGCUUCCCGUGCCAUUCAAGUAACAUUGAUUUUGCCUCCUCCGCGGAAACCUAAUGGUUUGCUGGCAGUUUGUGACCGCAGAGCACUUUCAGUUGUGGUUUGGAUUUUUAGUUAAGCUUUCAUGGUGUCUAAUUUUCUAGUUUUUUGGAAAAAAGAACUAUACUGUAAGUGAGAGGUGUUUUCUUUUGUUUUCUUUCUUUCAUGCUAGGCUUUUCCUGGCAGGAUGUCCAUUGCAGGCAGUGGACACGAAACCACCAGCAUUGAGCUAACUUUAUUACACAGUAGGACCUUUCCUGGAGGGGCCACUCGUCAUUCAUUACCCAAGUAAUUUGUACAGAAAGGUGAUAGCCAUUAUUUAUGUGGAUGAGGAAACAAGAGUAAACAGGACGGUAUUUUUAGGUUUGUAUUUUGUGUCUUUUUUUUUUUUUUUCCUUGCCUUACCCUUCUUGAGGAAAUGUCUAGAUAACAUGUUUUCCCCUCAACUAUCUGGUGCUAUUGAAUGACUAAUUUAGUCCCUAAAGUUUUGUGAAAACAUAAAAGUCUAAUGAUUUAAACCAAGUAAAAAGCUAAUGGUGCAUUUGAACAAGUGAAUACUGUAGGUGUGAGCAAGACCCAUGAUGGAAUAAUGAUUGGAAGAGGUUCGGCUUACUGCAAAAUCUGGCCAAAAAAAUCUUUCGGAUUAAAUGUGAACCUUUAAAUGGCAUUAAAUGAGUAAAGCACACAGACAAUGCUACUCCUGACCACUAUUUCACAGUUUCUUUGCAAACAGUGUUCAGAUUUUCAUAUUAUUUUUUUCCCCUAACUGAACCACCAAAGACAGAAAAUUUUGUAUGUAUAUACAGUGUGUGUGCAUAUACAAGAUCAUGAUAAUGGUAGAAGGAAAUCCCUUCCUUUUUCUACCAAAUAGAAAGGUGUGGUUUGCUGUGAAAUAAACCAGAAGUGUGGAAAACUCUGUAGUGAUUAAGCAGACUUAAUCAUUCCUUGCUUAGGAACUGUAGACUCGCCUCUACCUUACAACUUCAUACCAGUUUGCACAAAUUAAUAUCUGAAGAGAAUAGAAGAUGUUGAUGGCAAAGCACAGCUCUUGGGACCGAUGUGUUGCAAGGGGUUCCAUUCCCACAGGUGCCUGGUAUUCCAGUGGCGAUGGGGCCAGAGGCAGGUUUGAAUUUGUGAAAGACGUGAUUCAUUUUCAGAAGUAUCCGGUAAAGUUAAAAAAGAAGAAAAAAAUCACACUUUAAAGGCAACAGUUCUUAGAUUCGGUCAACUAUAGUUUUUGCUUAAAGAAAUCAUAGAUGAAAUUAUUUUAAAAGUUAGGGUUAGGAACUGGAGAAUGUUUUUAAAACACUAAGCACAGUUAAUCCUGACAUAAAAGGAUUGUUACGGGGAGCUGUUACAUUUCAUCCACAGCGAACAUUUUGAUAAUAGGGGGAAAACUAUGCGUGAAUUAGAAUAUAAAAGUAAGUAUUCCAAGGUGUCGAUAAUCUUGCAUAUUUAGAAGACUCCAAAUAAUUUUUAAGCUGCCUUGAAAAAUAAACCUCUGUGACUGUGGAGAGCUUGCCCUUG